AUGGCGACGCAAAACCAGGACAUCGACAACGAGACGAAGGAGAGGACCCCCACGGUGAAGGCUGUCGCGAGUCCCCACGGCUUUGAGAUGGUCAACUAUUACUCCGACGAAGUGACCAAGGAGGAGGAGAAACACCCACUCGACGAGUUCUUCUGCUGGAAGGAGAGAAAGGACCUGCCCGCGGGUUGGGAGGUCCUCGCCUGGUACAACCAUCCGGACGGAAACAAGAGCUACGUCCUCGGCUCUGACGGACGUUGGUAUUGGGAGUACGAGGGGGCUUUCAUGCUCCUUCUGGAUGAAGAGCUCGAGGAGUUCAAUGGCUGGCGCUUCUUUGGCCCUGCCGUCAUCUUGCACUUAAACGGGGAGGUCCAGGAUGAGAAGGAGGUGGGCCUGCAGAACGCUUGCGGUCUUGAAACCAUCCAAAAGGAGGAUGAGGAAGCGGAGGAGUUACAGGAAGCCCAGGAAGUCAACGACGUUAACACCAACGACCGCAACAGCUUGGCAACAAUCUGGGGCCUUGAUGUUAUUAUCGAGGAGGUUGACGAAGCUUUCAAGGGGGUCGAGGAAGUGGUGGAGGCGGAGGACCAUGAUGACGAGGAGAGUGUCUGGGGACUCGAGGAUUUUGAGAACGUCAAUGAGGACGAUGAGAACUACAAGCUAUUCUUGUGA